GUCAACCUGAUGAUGAGAUUCAAGUUGUUAAUUUUAAAAAUUUACAAGAAGCUCUUCAAAAGUUUCAAAGUAUAUCAAACUAUGAAUCAAAGCCAAUACCAACUACAUCUGAGCAAAGUGAUAUAACAGAAGAUGUCUCCAGUUUAUAGUAUAAGAUAAGAGAAGAAAAGAAAACGGAAAGCCAUGGAUCCAAUUUUAAACGAGAUUAAUCGUAAAUAUGUAAGAAUUAAUCAGUACGAAAAAACUUACAACAGUCAAGUAGUACAUGCACUUCUGGAGAAAAUACUAAAGAUAAUGCGAGAUAAAAACCAUCUAUUCAAGAGUAUGAACCCUAAAAUAGCAUAUUUAGGUAGCUAUUAUGACGGCUUACGAGUUGGACAUGCCACAGAAUUUGAUAUUAAUAUAGUUUUAAAAUUGCCAAUUAAUUAUAAAAAUAUUGUAUUAGAUGCAAGCAAUAAGGAAGCUUAUACUGUUGUUAAAAUGCCAUCCGAAUUUCGAAGGUUGUGUAAAAUUCCAAUAACGGCAACAAACGGAUUCACCGAAACUGAAUUCUGGUGUGAUAAAUUACAUCGUCUAUCGGUCAAGAAAUUCCGAUCAUGGAUGCAAAGCGUUCUAGACUCGGCACUUAGUACAUUACCUAAAACAAAUGAUAAAUAUUCGAUAAAAGUAAAUGAUAAAAUAUUUCUAAUUACAGCAAAGUUAUCGGGCCCUGCUAAUACUAUCAGUAUAUAUGACAAUAAUUCCAUCAUUGACGUAGAUUUAGUUCCUACAUUUGAAUUUAAUUUGGAACAAAAUAAGCCCAGAAAUUGUGCAGUUGACUUUUCGAUGGAGAUAUUUAAAUUUAAAAAACAAUAUUUUAUUGUUCCCAAACCGACUGAUGAUGAAUAUAUAUGGAGACUAGCAUUUCCAUAUCAGGAGAAAGCAAUAAUGAAUAAUAAAAACAAUUUUAAAAGUGCUGUGAAGCUAAUUAAGCUUUUAAGGGAUACACAAGAAUUCAAUAAAUUGGCGAGUUAUUACAUUAAAACUUUAUUUAUAUGGGAGAUUACAAGGAAACCUAGUAAAUUCUGGAGGAAAUCUCUCUCGUUUUUAGUGCUUUAUAUGAUGGAAAUACUUAGAGAUCAAUUAAGGAAAAAAGAAAUACAAAAUUAUUGGUCACCUAGACAUAAUCUUCUGAAUACAGUUAAAGAAGAAACAUUGGAGAAUUGGUGCAACAGACUAACUUAUAUUAUUAACGACAUAAAAAAAAAUAAAGAAAAAAAUCCUUCUAUAAUAAGACAAUACUUUGAAAAACAAACAUUUAAACAAGAGAGAUUUCAUUUUGAAUCCAGUCCUAAAACAGUUUCGUUACCUUAUAGGUAUAUAUAAUCCGAAUUACGAAAAUAUUCACAAAACUAAUUUGAUGGACAUGUCACGAAAGAUCAGCAGGUUGAAAGCAAAUUGUCUAAAGAACUACGGGUUCUAGAGUAGAUGGAUGAUGAUUGUAUUCAGUCUUUUAUCAAAAUUAGGCGUACUCUCAAUAAUUAUUAUUUUCAGCAUACCAUAACAGCAAAUAAUACUUUGAGUACUGUAACUGUAAUAUUUAACAAGAAAACUAAUGUGUUAAUAUCAUGAACUCAGGUGUUACAGUCAACUUGUCACAAUGAGCUGAUUAUUAAAUAAUAAAACUGUUUAGUAAAUAUCUAAAUACCUAGCUGUGCUAAUUUAACCAUAUUUAUGUAAAUAAAAUAUAUAAAUACCAACCUA